UUGAAAUUUUUAAAACAGAGUUAUAAAAAGAAAAAAUCGAUAAGUUCAGAGGGAAAAUACAAUCGCCGUUUGAAAUAAACAACCCCUAGAUCGGUCUUUUCAAAACGUGGAACAACGGUCACACUGCUACUUUGGCGACUUAAAAAACACCCAAGAAAAUUGAUUUUUCGCUCAAACAGAAAGCAACACCUUUGGGCAGCAACUUCAUUUCUCGGAAUAGAACUCCGACCGCCUAGUAACAAGGAAAAGCCAGCAUGGCAGCAUCGCAGGUCGACCAGAAACGAGCGCUCAACAAGUUGAAGCACGACUUGGAGCCCUUCCGCACAGCCAUCGUGGGAGCGUACGGCGUAAUCACCUGGGAGAAGCAGUACUACGCCGGAGUGGUGUUCGGCGCCAUCAGCGCCCUGUACCUGGUACUGUGGUACCUGGACCUCUCGCUGAUUACGCUGCUUUCGCUCCUCGGACUCAUUAGCAUUUUACUGAACUACGUAUUUCCCACGGUGUCGCGCCUGCUCUUUGGCGGAGUUAACUGGGAUGGCGACCAGGAGGCCAAGUUCGAGGACGUGUGCGGCCAGGUGUGCGCCGUCAAGGGCAGUCUGGUGGUCUGGUACGAGUACCUCUUCAAGGAGCGAAAGUCCACAGUGUUCGUAAUCGUCAUAAGCUUGGGUCUUCUGGCUAUCGCUUGGAUUGGAGCCAUUAUCAACAACCUACUGCUAAUGUACCUAGCCACCCUUCUCAUCGUCAUGUGGCCCGGGCUACAGAACAAGGACGUUUUCAAGGCCGUCACCCAAACGGCAUCGAAGAUCAUCAACGAGAAGAUCCAGUGCGGCAAGAGGAAGCUGCAGUAAAGGAAUCCUUAUCUCAAAACAGCAGAUAAACUCAUCACCAUUUGACCAAAAAUAUAUAACAAGCCUAAGUCAUCUUCUUGCCAUAGUGCACACAUCGCAUCACUAAAUCACACAUUAAAAGCAUUAAAUUUGAAACUAUGAUAUGAUAUCUUAAAAGAUAAGAGCAGCGUAUGAAGAGUAUUUUCAUCGGAAAACUAGCAAAUCCCGGCGUGGUUCUGGCCCCAUCACAUCUCCUACUAUAAGUUUGUAACAUGUAAGACAGAAGGAAUCUCGAAACGAGGCGUACGGAGAGAGAAAAAGAACGCGCAACAAAAGACAAGGCAUUUUUGUGAUUAUUUUGUGAGUUAAUUGAAAUUUAUGAUAAUCCCAAGUAAGAUACAAAUCAACUUAAGCGUCUAAUGAACUAUUUAAAUAAAGAUUUCAACUGAAUAGAUCAA